CGCCCAGCCGCUGAAGUGAGGAUUGGCCCGGAGCGCGCAACUCAGCCAAUCCGGACGCGCCCCGGCCUCGCGACCCCGCUGCCCCUCGUGAAGCUCAGAGCUGACAGUUCGGGCUUCAGGGGCUGGGUGGGUGUGCACUGCGCCUGGGCCCGGUGAACGGGAGCGGGGUCGCGGCGGGACCGGGAUGGAGGCGACCGCGGCACCGAGCAGGAAUGCGCGGGGGCGUGUGACGAGUCGGCCCGGCGGCGGCGAAGAGAAGAGCCCGCCAGAGAGGAGGGUUUACAUGGACUAUAACGCAACCACCCCCCUGGAGCCAGAGGUUGUCCAGGCUGUGACCGAGGCCAUGCGGGAAGCCUGGGGAAAUCCCAGCAGCCCUUACCCGGCAGGUAGGAAGGCCAAGGAUAUUAUCGAUGCAGCUCGAGAAAACCUUGCAAAAAUGAUAGGCGGGAAGGCUCAAGACAUCAUCUUCACUUCCGGGGGCACCGAGUCCAAUAAUUUGGUGAUCCACUCCGUGGUGAGGCAUUUCCAAACCAUCCACACCUCAAAGGGGGACACAGCCAAGUGGCACAGCCCAGUGGAGGGGACCAUGCCCCAUAUCAUCACCUGCACUGUGGAGCAUGACUCCAUCCGUCUGCCUCUGGAACACAUGGUGGAGGAGCAAGUGGCCGCGGUCACCUUCGUCCCCGUGUCCACGGUGAACGGGCAGGCAGAGGCUGACGACGUCCUGGCGGCUGUCCGCCCGGCCACGUGCCUUGUGACCAUCAUGCUGGCGAAUAACGAGACGGGCGUCAUCAUGCCCAUCCCUGAGAUCAGCCGGCGAGUUAAAGCCCUGAACCAGGAGCGGGCGGCGUCCGGGCUGCCUGCCGUUCUCCUGCACACAGAUGCCGCGCAGGCCCUGGGGAAGAGGCGCGUGGAUGUGGAGGACCUGGGCGUGGACUUCCUGACGAUUGUGGGGCACAAGUUCUAUGGCCCCAGGAUCGGAGCACUUUACGUCCGAGGGCUCGGGGAACUGACCCCUCUGUACCCCAUGCUGUUCGGAGGCGGACAAGAACGGAAUUUCAGGCCGGGGACGGAGAACACCCCGAUGAUCGCUGGCCUCGGGAAGGCUGCUGAGCUGGUGGCAGAGAACUGCGAGGCUUACGAGGCCCACAUGAGGGACGUCCGAGACUACCUGGAGGAGAGACUGGCGGCUGAAUUCGGUGAGAAGAAAAUCCAUCUGAACAGCCAGUUUCCGGGGACUGAGCGGCUCUCCAACACUUGUAACUUCUCCUUCCGGGGACCCCAGCUCCAAGGCUGCUCGGUGCUGGCGCAAUGCAGGACGCUGCUGGCCAGCGUGGGGGCUGCGUGCCACUCAGACCACGGGGACCGGCCAUCCCCGGUGCUGCUGAGCUGUGGCAUCCCCUUUGACGUGGCCAGGAACGCGCUUCGGCUCAGCGUGGGCCGCAGCACCACCCGGGCCGAGGUGGACCUCGUGGUGCAGGACCUGAAGCAGGCCGUGGCCCGGCUGGAGGGCCAGGCCUAGUGUCGAGGCCACCUCAUAGGAAGCCCCCGAGGCCUUUGCCAGGGUCACCUUCCCUAAAAGUCGGAGUGGGCAGCAGCUCCCUCUCUAAGUGGGUCAGUGUGGAGCGGGUCCCCUGGGCAUACGGGCCCGGGACACACACACCUGCGUGGGCCUAUCGCUGUCACUGCUGCCCAGUGGCACGGGUUGAAGUGGAGACGCUUUGGCUGUGCCCACACUCCCCCUAGGAAGCGAGCAUCCCCUUCAUGGAAGGUGGCAUUUUUAUCAGGAAGAUAAAGUCCUAGUAUUUAUAAUUGACUAGUCCCUCAGCCUGGCCUGUGCCUUCUUGCAGUCCAGGACCCCUCGCUCCUUACCACCCGCUUACAGCGGAGGCAGGAGAGGCUCCUGCCACCGCGCUGUGCUCACCAGCUGUGAGCCUGGCUUCU